UGUAAAACUGGCGUGGUACACGAGUUGGUGAUCUCAUUUUGAUCUCAUAUCCUCUGUGUUUGGGUGUAGUCCCAGAGAGACCCGUGAAAGGUGUGGCUUACAGUGGACGGACGCUUUAACAGAGAACUGAACCCCACCCACAAUAACAGCAGGGAUGUCUUCUGUAUGGGAUGAUUUGGAUCUUCUCCUGGACUCCCCCUCCUCCUUGACUGUAAAUUCAACGGUACGUGGCACCAUUAAGGAGAAGCCGAGCUUUAAUCCAGCCGAGGAUGCUGCCGCUUUAAGGAAAGCAAUUGAAGGCAUUGGCACUACUGAAAAGACUCUUAUUGACAUUCUAACUCAAAGAAGCAAUGCCCAGCGCCAACUCAUCUGUAAAGCGUAUCAGGACGCCACUGGGAAGACUCUCUGUGAUGACUUGGAAGGUGAUACACAUGGACAUUUUGAGGAUAUUUUGGUGGCCCUGAUCACUCCUCCUGCUAAGUUUGACUGCCAAGAGUUCACACGGGCUAUAAAAGGUGCUGGUACAGAUGAAAGCGUUUUGAUAGAACUUUUUGCAUCACGCUCCAACCAUCAAAUCAAAGCUAUGUGUGAUGCAUAUUUGGCUGAAACCGGAAGAGCUCUGAUUCACGACCUGAAAUCUGAGGUGUCAGGGGACUUUGAAAAGACCUUGUUGAUCCUCGCUGAGGGUAAGAGGGUUGAAAGUACAAACGUGGACGUGGCAAAAGCUAAAGAGGAUGCCAAGAUCUUGUAUGAGGCAGGAGAGAAAAAGUGGGGAACAGACGAGAGCAAGUUUAUCGACAUCCUCUGCCACAGGAGCGUUCCUCAGCUCAGACAAACUCUGGUUGAGUAUAAGAGUCUGAGUGGAAAGACCCUUCAGGAAAGCAUUGAACGAGAGAUGACUGGAAGACUGGAGGAUAUUCUGGUGGCUAUAGUGAAAUGUGUGAAGAGCGUCCCAGCAUACCUUGCGGAGCGUCUGUAUAAAAGCAUGAAGGGUGCUGGGACCACUGAAUCUACCUUAACUAGAAUCAUAGUGAGCCGUUCAGAGGUCGACCUGCAGGACAUCAAGGCGGAAUAUAAGAAGCUCUUUGGCACUUCUUUAUACUCUGACAUUGCGUCUGAAACAUCGGGGGAUUUUCGUCAAACCCUGCUGAAGAUCUGUGGUGAAGAUGGCAAAUGAAUGUACCCACUGCCAAAGACGAAUACAUCACUGCUGAAGUGCUAUAAUGUGAAAGAGUGUCCAAAUAUAACUUUAUUACAAUUAAAAUACUAUCAGUAAAUCAGAAGAGCUUUAUGAAAUGUAUUCUUGAACUAACUUUAUUGUUUGUAAUCACAGAUACCAUGUAUGCUUGGUUUAAUAGUAACCCUAAUAAAACUAAAUAUUUUUAGUAUCAGAAACUGCAUUUUAAAUUGACUUUUUUUUACACACUGUGUAUACAUAAUGAAGAAUAAACUUUUUUUUCCUAUGAAAUUUA